AUGGGUGAUCAAUAUGCUCAUGCACCCAUGACCGCACAUCCUCAUGGAAUUAUGACCAUGAUAUACAACAAAUACAACUUAAAGGAUAUGUUCAUACUGGACAAUUGGCCAUUCUUUCGAUGGAGACAAAUCAUCAUUUGUGAUCCAAAUCUCGCAGCACAAUGCACGCAGAACUAUUCACUCCCGAAAUCACCUGUCGCAGAACAAUAUGUUGGGCAUAUUACUGGGAAAAGAAGUAUCCUACUUACUGACGGUUUGGAAUGGAAGAAGAAUCGGGCAUUAUUUAAUCCUGGAUUUGCUCUCGCUCACCUAACAACACUUAUCCCAAGUAUUGUUGAUGAGUCGGACAUUUUUCGUAAUGUUUUAGGGAAGCUUGCGGACUCUGGAGAGGUUCAUCCAGUAGAAGAAGCGGCUGCAUUUGCGACGAUUGAUAUCAUGGGCCAUGUUGUUCUGGAUAUCAGUCUAAAUUCCCAAACUACAGAGAAUGAAUUAGUCGAAUAUUUUCGACAAUCUAUUUCCUGGACACCGAAAAUUGUGGCGACGAAUCCGCUGGUGAAUUUCAAUCCAUUAGGUCCGAUUAUGCGAAAGUAUUAUGAACGGAAAAUGGAUGGCUAUCUCGAUAAGGUUUUAGAUGCUCGAUUUGCAGAGAAGGAAGGAAAUGCCUCGAAGAGUAAGAAAAAGCCUGUUAUUGAUGUUGCUCUGGAUGAGUAUAUUCUUCAGCAAGAGGAGGACAAUAUCGCAUUGGAUGAUAGAGGAUUGGAUCAAACGUUCAAGCAAGUGUCGAUCGAUCAAAUGAAAACAUUUCUCUUUGCUGGCCACGACACAACUUCAAGUACCAUCGCAUACACAUAUCAUCUCCUAGGGGAGAAUCCCAAAUGUUUAGCUAAAGCACGCGACGAAUUGGAUAGAGUAUUUGGAAAAGAUCUUGCAAAAACUGGAGAUAUGAUCAAGGAAAAUCCCAGCAUCGUGAACCAGUUACCAUACGUGUAUAGUUGUAUCAAGGAAACCCUUAGGAGAUACCCACCAGCAGACACAGCACGACACGGAGAUGAUCUCACACUCAACUAUGAAGGCAAACAAUAUCCCACUAAGGAUUUCUUGGUAAUGGUCUGCGUUCAUACCAUACAUCACCGCGAGGAUCUUUUUCCUUCCCCUUACGAAUUCAUUCCCGAACGAUUUAUGCCUGCCCCGGAUAACUUUCAAGAAAUCCCGAAGAAUGCUUGGCGACCGUUUGAAAAAGGAUCCCGAGAUUGUAUUGGACAAGAACUUGCUCUUCUCGAAAUGAAGAUUAUCAUGGCGAUGACAUUGAGAGAAUUCGAUAUAAGAUCUGAUUAUGAGACAUGGGAUCGAAAUCUUGGGAGAAAAGAACCUGGUGGUACUCUGAAUGGUACACGUGGGAUGUUCGGAGAUCGUGCUUAUCAAGAAUUAAUUGCAAGUGCUAAGCCUUCUGAUGGGAUGCCGGCGAGGAUCGAGAGAAGGACGCAUAAUUAA